UGGGAUUUUAAUAACUAUUUAUAGUUACACUCCAGUUUUUGCCAACAAUAGCUCCUUCUACAGCAUCUGCUACUUCCUCCGUGACUCGCUGAUCUUCCAGCAACUGUGGCCAAUAUUGAUUCUAUUCUUGAUAAGGAAUGCAGGUAUGGAUUGUGGGUUUUGUGGAUGGGUGUGUCUCUGUGAUGAUUGUAAAAAAGUAGGAGGUCCUCUCAUACUGAACACUGCCUCCACCCUUCUUCUUCUCCGCAUUUCCUGCCUUCUCCUUCCACAUUUAUUAUCUCCAGUAACUUUUUCCCCAAAAAAUCUUCUCUCAUCCACCGACUAACAAAGAUCCUCUACGACACUUUGACUUAUUAGCUCCAUUGAACCUACAAACCACAGAAACGCAGUUGUUUGCACGGCUACUUUUUUUUUUUUUUUUUUUUUUAGUCGCGUCUGCGCAAACUCCGUAGGGUUUAGACUAGAGUUCUUAUUACCGGUAGGAUCAUGUACACAGUCGUGAAGAAGCUGCUGUUCACGGACUGUCGCUGCGCCGGAGAUGCGACGAAAACAUACGAGGAGCUGUUCGCCAAGCUGGACACCAACCGGGACGGGAAGGUGGAUGUGGCGGAGCUGAGGGCAGGCCUGGCCGCGAUGGGCAUCAGGACGGAGAAUCAAGCAGCCCAGAAAAUCAUCUCUGCUGGGGACAAAAACAAAGACGAGUUCCUCGACUUCGGCGAGUUUUCAAAGUACCUGAAGGACCACGAGAAAAAGAUACAGCUGGUCUUCAAAAGCUUGGACAAAAACAAUGAUGGUACAAUAAACAUAUCAGAGAUUAAGCAAUCGCUGGCCGAUCUUGGACUGACCAUCAGCACGGAGGAAGCAAAGACGAUCCUUAAGACCAUCGAUGCGGACGGCACCAUGUCUGUGGACUGGAAUGAAUGGAGGGAGCACUUCCUGUUUAACCCGGUCAACAACCUGCAGGAGAUAGUCCGCUACUGGAAGCACUCCACGGUUCUGGACAUUGGUGACAGCCUUUCCAUCCCAGAUGAGUUCACAGAAGAGGAGAAAACCACCGGUAUGUGGUGGAAGCAGCUGAUGGCGGGCGCCGCCGCAGGCGCCGUGUCCCGCACAGGGACCGCUCCUCUGGACAGAAUGAAAGUCUUCAUGCAGGUCCAUGCCUCAAACAGCAAUAAAAUUAGCCUGGUGAGCGGUUUUAAGCAAAUGUUGAAGGAAGGAGGCGUGACGUCCUUGUGGAGAGGAAACGGCAUUAACGUCUUAAAGAUCGCCCCAGAGACGGCCAUUAAAUUCAUGGCUUAUGAGCAGUAUAAGAAGCUGCUGUCCAGCGACUCGGGGAAAGUCAAGACGCACGAGAGAUUCAUAGCAGGAUCACUGGCUGGAGCCUCGGCACAAACCGCCAUCUACCCCAUGGAGGUGAUGAAAACCCGGCUGACACUGAGGAAAACUGGACAAUAUUCAGGAAUGUUCGACUGUGCCAAGAAAAUCCUGAAAAAAGAGGGAGUGAAGGCGUUCUACAAAGGCUACAUUCCCAAUAUUCUGGGCAUCAUCCCUUACGCUGGGAUAGAUCUGGCGGUGUAUGAGAGCUUGAAGAACCUCUGGUUGUCCAAUUAUGCCAAAGACACAGCAAACCCAGGUGUUCUGGUGCUGUUGGGGUGUGGUACCAUGUCCAGCACCUGUGGUCAGCUGGCCAGCUACCCCCUGGCUCUUAUCCGAACCCGCAUGCAGGCAGCAGCGUCUCUCGAGGGCUCAGAGCAGCUGCCGAUGGGCUCCAUGGUGAAACAGAUCCUGGCCAAGGACGGCUUCUUUGGACUGUAUCGAGGCAUCCUGCCCAAUUUCAUGAAGGUCAUUCCAGCGGUCAGCAUCAGCUACGUGGUGUAUGAGUACAUGCGGUCUGGCCUGGGAAUCCAGAAGUAGACAGCAAACCUGUCUCCUUCUAAUCGCAGAUAGCCAAAUCCCCCUCUUGUAUCUGGCGUUUAAAGAAAUAGUCGACCUGGUGCUCAUCAAAGUGUACAUGCAAACGGCUGCAGAUGGAGCCGCUGUGGAGAUUUUAACAUCUCUUCAGCUAAAAUUGGGAAGAGGUUUCAAAAACGAAAGCAGGAGUGGCAAAAGUGUCACUACAGUGCUUCUGAAUGCAUGUUUUCAAUCAGCUUGUGUUUACAAUAUGAUGACAGCUUUAAGUGCACUGACACACUUUGUGUUAACUGUUUUUUCAGUGUCAGAAAUCUUUAAAGUGGGAAGUUUCUGUGGGGUUUAAGUUUUUUUUUGGUUAAUUUUUUUUUUCUCAGAAUCCAGUGACAGACAUCUGUCACAUUUACUUCUAAUCCAAAGCAAAAAAAGAAAAUGCACCUUGUUGGACCAGUUUUCUUCCUGUUUGGAAGCCAGUAAUCACUAGCAAAGCAGUCACUUUUAUUUUAUAAUACUAGCACCCUCUAUGCAAGAUGUCCUGCGUCCACUGGGAGGCGUAAAAUGGAGAAAUCUGAGACAGCGUUGAAGUGCAAUACUGUAUUUUUCAUAUUGUGUAAAAGAACACUUCGGUUGCAGAAAGACUUCACCAUAGUCUUUGAGUUAUUAGCAAACCUCUAAACUGAGCCUGUUUGGGGGAAAGAAACGUGCCUUACGUGCCGCUCUCAGACAUCUCUGGACUGCUCCAUCCAUCUUUUUCUUUUGCCUUUUUUUUCCAAUAUAUGAAUUAUAGAAUCAAUUGUUUACAUAAAUAAAACCUCUUAUAUUGAACUGAA